AGCUCCCGAGGCAGCAUGGCGAUGGGCAGAGUCACAGCGGUCCUCCUCGUGAUUGUGAUCUCCAGUGCUACUGCAGCACAAUGGGCCAAAAUCUGCUCCAGUCAACCCUCAAACAGAAUCAGAGGCUGUGACUCCCAUGGCUGUGGCGGAUACAACAACCCCAGAGGAGGGAGGAAGCACAAGGGAGUGGACGUGGUAUGUGAGGAUGGCUCGGAGGUGUACGCACCCUUCACAGGGAACAUUGACAAGAGAGCCAGGCCCUAUGGAAACAACAAUGCCAUUGACAACGGGGUCCAGCUGUCAGGAUCAGGAUUCUGCAUUAAGAUGUUUUACAUCAGGCCCAUCAAGUACAGUGGCCCCAUCAGGAAGGGGGAGAAAAUCGGCGUCAUGCUGCCCAUGCAGAGGGUCUACCGAGGAAUUAUAUCCCAUGUCCACAUCCAGAACUGUGACUUCACAGAUCCUACUCCCAACCUGUAAAUGGGAGGCUGCACAUCAUAGGCAAAGCCUUCAGCCUCCUAUAUGUAUUCAUUAAAUUGCUUGGGUAGCCACUCUAGUAAAGUCAAAGCCACUGAGCCUCAAAUGGAUGUUCCACCUAAAAAUUAUCCAUGAGCAAUAUGCUGGUGGUCAUCUGAACAUAAAGAGACUCAGAGUAAGGUAUAACAGAAGCUUUAACACUGUUAUCAUAUACUGCAUGUCAUGGCACUCGCAGGUGAAAGCUGAAGCAGUGGGGAAUGGGUGGCUGGGAGGUGAUGGACCCUUGAUGCUCAGCUGCAGCUCUCUCCUCUUGGACUUCCCUGCUCUUUUUGCAGCCAAACACGAAGGUUUCUUCAAUAAGCCAGAAAUAUCACUUGUACUAACAUAUGGAAAAUCACAUUAUUAAAGGGCUGCCUCACUACAAA